UUUAUUGGCUGCCUCGCCGACCAAUGAUGACUUUUUGUGGGCGGGGCUAUCAGAGCCCUUUUAAGUGGUGACUGCUCGCUUUUUCCCGCGAAAUCUCCAGAGCAAUAGAGCAUCGCUGAUCCGGUCAUGGAGUCGGAGACACUGAAGAGACUGGCCCCUAAGCUGGGGAUCACCUCCAGCAGGGUCCUGGGGAAAGCAGAGGAGUUCCUGCGCCUUUCUCAGGUGAAAUGCACCGGACUGUCGGCCCUGACCACAGCGACCAGUAGUGCCGUUAUGUGUCUGCAGCUCGCUGCCACCUCAUUGAAUCAUCCUAUUGACAAGGACUAUCUGAUUAUAUUAUCUGGACUAAACAAGAAGGUUUAUCUGAGCUGCAUGAAGUCAUUUGAGUGUCUGCUGGGGGUGGAUUCCAAAUUGAGCAUCCGGGACCUUGCCGUUCAGCACGGCUGCAUGGAAGCCAUAAACACUGCGUCCAAAAUCCUCAACAGGUAUGAGUCCAGCUUGCCUCAGGCUCAGCAGGAAGAUCUUGAUUUAUCCAAACCAUUGUUCAUCACAGCAGCUCUAUAUGCGGCGUGCAGGUGCCUGAAGCUGAAAGUGGAGAAGAACAAAUUGCUGGCCACCUCAGGAGUGAAGAAGAGCAUCUUCGAGCGCUUGUGUGUUCAGCUGGAGAAAAUUGGAGCACAGAUCUGCCAGGAAAACACAGCAAUUACACAGCAGCCAAGGAAAAAGCAGCGAACCUUAUUAGAGUGUAUAGAACAAAACCAAGCUUCUGAUGAGGAAGAUGACGAGAUCCCACGUAAACAGGCACGUGCCGAGACCGAGGCCGCCCAUCAGGAGAAGGACUAUGAGGAGUGGAAGAGAAAAAUACUGGAAAACGCUGCCAAAGCUGCAAAACCCAAGUAGCCUGCAAGAAUAGGGAUGGGAUGUUCAUUGAGUUGAUACAUUAUCAUCUUGCUCCUGUGUGGAAGAGGUUAAUACAGACAUGAUGCCUUGACAACGAGGUCAGAAGUUUUUAAUCGCUUCUUACAAUGACUACAUUUCCAUCAUGCUCCUGUGUAUGGUGUGUAGUGUGGAAGUUCUGUGCAUAACUGACUCAAACCUUGAGCUUUGUACAUGAUGGGGGCUUAGACAGCGCACCCCACAUCAGAAACCUCAUGACUCCCCAAUUCGGGCACCUCUUCUGCUGCUGGCCUUGUACAUUGUUUUGUAGAGUGUUAAUUUUUAACUUAAUUGAUUUUAGGUUUUGGCGUCUCCAUAUUUCUGUUGAGGCUGGGCCUCUUGCACACGAACGUUGUGCAUCCGUUCCGUGCAUUGGGGACCACAAUUUGUGGUCUUGAGUGGG